AUGAAGGUCGUUACCGCCCUAUUGGUAUCCAGUUACCUGUCACAAGCAGUCAUAGCAAAGGAAUACAGAUUAUUCGGACGUGGUCUCUGUUUGAAGACCAAGAACGGGUAUUGGACAUCGACAGAACGAUUUGAGGAAUCCGAUGUUUUGGAUUUGACGGAAUUUCAGUUUCGAACGUACGACAAUGGUUCCCAAUGCACAGAAGACCCCUUCUACUCGGAGUUGCCAGAAACCAAUGACAAAAAUGAGACCAGUCUUCCGACACAAGCACCCACAGCCGCACCUAUUGUCACCCGAGAUCCAAACAAUGAACAAUUCCUUCAAGUCUUGUUUUUCAAACGUGGUGGGGAUGUGGCAGAAGAGAACAUGAUUGGAGAAGGCAGUAUCGAUGCACUAUGCUGCUCCGCGAAUGCAAUUGAGCAAGGAUUUUGCAACCAAGAUGAUGCUGGAAAGUUGAUUUUGGAUCGAAACCUGUUUGUCGGAGAAGAACGAUUGAUUCAAAUUCCUUCUUCUGCCAACGAAACCUUUGCGUUUGACGAAAUGCUCCAAAUCAAGGAGACUGGCGAAUACACAUUACUCUUUGCCAAUUGCGAUUAUGGAGGUUUGAAUGUGCAGCUCCUGCCGGACGCAAGCGCAGGAAAGAAGCGAGAUCGUGGAUUAUCUUAUCUUGGAUUCAUUCUAUUCUACGCCUUUCUGGCCGUGUACACUGCCUCUCUGUUCAUUUCAUAUGGGCGUAACUUGAUGAGAAAAACCAGAGCAACUCGGCAUCCCAUGCAAAAGUACCUCUUUUUCACCAUGCUGGUUGCCUUUGAUGACUUUGCAUUCCGAGCAUUCGCCUUCCGAGCACUGGGUGCCGGGCCAAAUUGGGUUUGGUCCAAGCUUUUCAUUUAUGCAGCCGUUGCUUUCCCUGUUCUCAAGCGUGGAAUGACCAUGAGUUUGGGAAUUCUGGUGGCCAAGGGUUGGGGCAUUGUCGACCAACAAAACUCUAGACUAUCGCUGGCUCAGGUCAUCAAUCUUGGUGUGGUGUACACUGGACUAGUUGCCUUUCGUGAUUUCAUGAGCGUUCAAUAUUUCGACUUGAUGGUUCCACUGGACGGUGAUUCGGAUUUCCCCAAGUUUUCCAAUGUGGCUACCAUUUGCACUGUGAUUGUGCAUACCAUGGAUAUCUUGAUUGGCGUUUGGAUGGUGUUUACACUCAAUGGCACCAUUCGAAAUCUACGAAGAGGAGACACCACAAACAUCGAAUCAUCGAACCAACAACAUCGUGAAUUGGAGAAUUAUGUGCGAUUGCGUCAGUUGAUUCUAAUAUCCAUGGUGAUUGCAGCACCUUGGUGGAUCAUUCGGUUAUUGCAACGAGUCGAAGGAACUAUCGUCUUUUCCAGCGAGUACCAUACCUUUAUUGUGGCCGCCAUUGUCCAACUUUUGUACGUUGUCAUAUUGACCAACGUAUCCGUCCUGUGGAGACCACGCCCGAGUACCCAAAGUGAUGCUGAAAAGCCUCGUCAGGAAAGAGUCACCGAAGACGAUUCGACCCAGCAGGAAACUUCUACGCUACUGUUUUAG